CCCCGUUUCCGGAUGUAACACAUUGACUGCUUUCCUGUAGCAACAGUAGUGUAACCGUCUACUCCACAAUCUGUGGAGAAAAGUUUGAAAGCCGUUGUCAUAGACUCGGCCUAUUUUACCCUUUUAAGUUUAUAUUCUUGAAAGAAUGAUGGCGGAUUUGCACUUGCUUCCAUGUGCACUUAUUCUGGUGACGCUUGCAACCAGACAGUUUGUUACAGGAGAAGUUGUGGCUCUAAAUGACAAUAAUAUAAACAGUGUGUUAAGUGGUAAUGAUAUAGCCAUUGUCAACUUCUAUGCAGAUUGGUGCAGAUUCAGUCAGAUACUGGCUCCUACUUUCGAAGAGGCGGGCAACAAAAUCAAAGAUGAAUUUCCUAGCCCAGGUCGAGUUGUGUUUGCCAAAGUUGACAGUGAUAAAGAAACUGGUAUCGCUGGGCGGUUCCGCAUCAACAAGUACCCGACCAUCAAGCUGUUUCGGGCAGGCAAUGUGGUGAAGAAGGAGUACAGAGGGCAAAGGUCAGUGGAGGCUUUGGUGCAGUUUGCCAAGGAUCAGGCCAAGGACCCAGUUGAGGAACUCACAACACUGGAUGGCCUCGAUGAACUGGAUUCCAAGAAGCGUCAUGUUGUUGGAUACUUUGAGUCCAAGGAUUCAAACAGCUAUUGGUCAUUUACAAAAGUAGCCAGUGUGCUUCGGGAUGACUGUGCUUUUCAUGGUGCAUUUGGGCCUGUUUCCCAAGCUGAGAGGACUCUUGGUGACAAGGUUACAUUCAUUAAUAAAAGCCAGCGUAGUGAGUACUCUGGUGCUCCCGUGGCUCAGUUUGAUUUGCUUUUCAAGUGGACAACCGAAAACUGUAUGCCUUUGGUGAGGGAGAUCACCUUUGAGAAUGCUGAGGAGUUAACAGAGGAAGGACUGCCGUUCCUUAUUCUGUUCCACCACCCAGAUGAUGCAGAGAGUGUGGACUUAUUCAACCAGGAGGUGGCAAAGCAGAUAAUGCAUGAAAAAGUCAACAUCAAUUUCCUGGUGGCAGAUGGACUGAAGUUUGCCCAUCCCCUGCAUCAUCUUGGCAAGACGAUAAACGAUCUGCCAAUUUUGGCCAUUGAUAGUUUCCGUCACAUGUACCUUUUCCCCCAUGAUGUGAAAAAAGAUUUAUCAACACCUGGAAUUUUAAAGCAGUUUGUGGAAGACCUGCACUCUGGCAAGCUGCACAGAGAGUUUCACCACGGGCCAGAUGCCACCACACCACCCCCUCCACCUCAGAUUGAGGAAAAAGUUGAUCCUGAUGCUAAAAACAUUCCACGUGACACAAGCGAUGAGCCCAAGGUUCAAGCACCCCAAAAGAUCACAUCACCCCCAGAGUCUACAUUUAGAAAGCUGGCCCCCUCAAGAAACAGAUAUACGAUUCUACGAGACGAACUUUGAAGUAGACAACUGUUUAUUUGUGUCACAACCUGUUGGCUCAGAAUGUCAGUUUUAUUGAAUGGUGAACGGUGUUUUUUAUUUUUUUCCCCCUUACUUUGAUGAGGUGAUCAUGAAAAGUAAAAGAUUGUGUUUGAAUGAGAAGGAUGGCAUUGUUCUGUCGUGUUUUUUAAAUGCGACGGAACGACAAAUGAAAUCUUGGAGAAAAGACAGUGUGGAAAUCAGCUUGCUUGCAUGUCUAUUUGUUGUUUUGUACACCUGUUUAUGUUGACAUGUUUACAAAGGCAAUGUGAAAGGAUAUGCAGUGGCUGAUGUAAGAAUGCAGGCUUGAGCUCUAUUAAAGUUAUUUGAUGUGCUGUUUGCAUGAAAAUACGUUUUUAAUAUGUGCUAUUUUAAACCGCUCGUCAUUGAAUUUGUCUUUGCAUGAAUGCAAUUUUUCUUUUUCUUUUUUUUUACUUAUUUAUUGGAGGCAGUAAGCUGUUUGGUAAUCCUUUCUUUUUUUUUUUUUUUUUACUUUCUCCUUGUCACAAAAGGAUUUUUUAUUUGCAUACUCUCACUCCUUUAUUCAUUGUAAAGAACUGCGAUUGAACAUGUAGUGCUGCUGCUACUGAUGGUGUUUUGGGUCGAUCUGCUGGCUGGUCUGUUUGUAUGGGUACAUUUUGCGUCUUUUAAUUUUAACUUGAUCCAUGAAUUUGGAAGUAAAUUGACUCUGUGUGACUCUUUUUAAAAUUAUCACUUAGAAAAUCAUACAGCUCCUAAAAAAUUGGGGCCCUGAUUAAUGAAUAAGAAUAAUUUGUCUAUGCUUGUGAGGAAGUUAUUAAUUGCAUUUGGCUGUAGCUAUUUGUUGUUUUGACUAGCUUGCAAUGUUCCCUCGAAAGCUGAGCAAGAAAAGUUAAUAAACGUGAGACAUCAAUUCUAAAGAAAAUGAAUUCUAGCCUUAUCACUAUUACCUUUGCCUGAUUUCUCGCCCCUGAACCUACUUUUGUUUAAGCUGUGAUGCCUAAGAAAUAGAAAAAAUUGAGAAAGUACCAACUGCCUGUUAUUGAAUUAGUACUUGGCUGCUUGGAUGAUACAAAAUAAAAGGUAAACUGUCUCAGCUUACUAAACUUACAUUUGCUUUUUUGUAUCCUGCAAACUCCGAGAUAAUGGUCACUCUAAAUUUGGAGUGAUGGCCAUUUGGGCGAUUUUUGUACUUCUGUCACAAUAAUUAUUGGACAGGAGUUCAGGGGCAGGUGUGCUGGUGGGACGAAGGAAUGUGAAUUGCACAGGGGUGUUUAACACUUUGCCGUCAUAUUUUGGGGAAUAUCCAAAGAAACUGGGUGGUAAACAUCGCCAAUCAGCGAGAUGAGGCGGCAAAGUGUUAAACAAAGCAUGUUGUGCAGACCAUGGUAUUUUUGUUCUCACUUUCAGUUGUAGUGUGGUUUAUCAAGACUGGUUAAAGGGUAUCAGAAUAUUCUUUUCUUUUUGUGACUUGACUGUUGUGUGUGUCACAUUCAGGUGUGAUUGGUCUUUUUUUCUGCGUUAAGCUUAUCAAUAAUUUAAGGAGAAUUUCUUUUACAUGUCUGUUUGUUUCAAAAUGUUUCCUUGUUUUCGUGAUGUCUUUUAGGAUCCUUUAUUCAUUGUAUAUUCCUAAACGUUUUACAAGUGCUACAUCGAUUCUUUAAGUUGUAUGCUGGGAGUCUUUCUCCUGAGGCAGAAAACAUUUGAUUUGAGCCAUCAAGUUCUCUCCAUUUUCUUUUUACACUUUUUCAUGUUUUUUUUAAAGAGGAUCUCUAUGAUACUUUUUGCCCUUUUGAGAGUCUGUGUACCUUUGUGUAUCUAUUUCUCUCAUGUAACACAAUGUCUUUAAUGUACCUCUGCAGUUAUUUCACUUCAAAAGUUAUAUGUGUGUUUUUUCUUGCACUGUAUCCUGGCAUUGUAUGUUAAGGAUCUGGGUGCCCCGUUGCACAAUCAAACAAACUUUCAUCUCGUUCACAUUAUCUGCCAGGCAAUACUUCUGCUAUUUUUUAUUUGCAGCUAGAAUUUUGUGUUGUAUGCUAUGUGUUGGAAAGGAGGGUGGUGGAAAAAAGGGGGGAAGGGAGCGUCACUUGUGCAGAUUUGUUUUGAAUGAGCAAAUCAUUUUGGAGGGGAGGGUGGAAGCAUUUCAUCUUGUAUAAAUAUGCUCCCUGGCACUUAAAAAUAGUCUUCUAGUGGUGUUGUUGUUUCUAGACUCCUUUUAGUUAAUAUUUACAUGCUUUGCGCUUGUUUGUAAUGUCUCUGUUGGUAGAUUUCACUUCGUUGGGCCGCUGCUUGCAUUUGGUUAAUUUGUUCAAUUUCUUUUAAUCAUUGAUAGAAUGAUUUUGUUCUGCCUGGGACCUAUUGCCUUUUUAGUGUUGAUAGUGCAAGGAACUGUCCGCUCAAUCUCGAAACUGUUUGAAGUUAAUGUUCAUUAAAAUGAAUCACUGGUAAAGUGGAAUAGCAUUAAUGACUCUUGCUCCCUUAUUUGCUCUAAUUGUGAAAAUAAUUUUCUGCUUUUCUAGCCCUUCGCAAUGCUAUAUUGCUUUUUGUUUUAUGAAUUGCAGUGCCAGAUUGUGAUAAAAUAGUUUUGUAUUGGAGGAUAGUAGUAUUAUCACCAGAAGAUACAAGUACUGCUUUUAAGCAUGAUCAUUGCAAAAGAGAAAAAAAACAAAAACAAAAAAGAUAGACCCAAACUAGAGCACAUAAUCAAUAUAUGAAAGGAUUUUGUUUUCUUGUAUCCUUCAUGGACUUAAGGUCAUUCAUGUUGUGCAGCUGAUACUUUGUGUUUUCCUACUGUUUUCCCCCCUCUCAGUCACUGAGAAUGGAAUAGACUCUACCCACUCUGCUGCUCAUGCUCUGUUUGUGUGCAAAAACUCUUUUGCUCUAUACUUAACUACUCUUUGCUGACCAACAUUACUAUUCGGAUACUGAUGGCUUCUUCAUGUAUGACAAUGACUCAUGCAAGCGUUUUUGGGGAUGUGGGCAUGCUGAGUGAAGAGUGAAUGAAGAAGAUUUUAAAUUUGUUUCAAAUGUGCGGAAGUUGAUGGUGUGCAUUUCUGUGUUCUUUCUUCAGAUGAAAAAUGAAAUGCAUUGUAUUUGUUUUGAUGUAUAUAGAAGAACCAAAUACUAGGGUAUUGAAUAGUUGAUGUUUCUGUAGUGUCCAUUACAUGUAAUAUUCGCAUUAUCAGCAGUGUAGGUGUAAGUCUUGGUCGUCAGAAUUUUGGGAUUGUCUGUGAGACGUGAGAGUCCAUGAGUCCACAAGAGUCUGCCCCAGAUUUGAUGACGACUUAAGUACCAGCACAUAGUUGAGGGGUGAGCCCUGACAUUGGCUAACAGCUCUGGUUGUAACUUCAUUACUAUUACUGCAUUUUUUACUGUUUUGCUGUUUGUAAAGGGCUACACCACGAUUGUGAAGACUUAAGUAUGGAGAAUUUAGCUGUGAUACAUGAGCAUUUGACUACUCCAGGAACGUGGAAAAAAAAAAAGACACUUUUUUGUGAUCCAAAAGCAGAAUACAUGUGCGUGUUAGGAUAUGUCGUCUACUGGUUGGUUGCUGGUCCAUGAGUUUUUCUCUUCUUUUUUUUCUCAGUAUGUUUGAAAUGCCGAAGAAGUGGUUGUAGGUACUGUGUUCAUCCUUUGUUCAUUUUGGUGGUAUUUUUCGAAUAUGUUAGUUAAUAUUCAGAUGCUGUUAUUAUUUCUCGGUGUAGCAUCUCUAGCAGAGAGCAGUACACUUGUAGACCAUUGGCAAUGGGAACGUCUUCAGAUUUUACUUGUGAAAACUCUCUCAUUGAUACUUGAGAUUGUGUUCAGUGAAAAUGAUGGAAGGAAACUUGGAUUCAGCUUGCUAUUUCAUUCAGGGCUGUGAGAUGCUUGGAAGUAAAAUAAACUCGCAGUGAAGAUCUCCGUAUUUAUCCAGACUGUGAAGGCUAUGGGAUCUGUGAAUGUUGUAACCUACCACCAUACCAGCAAAGACUUGGUACAUGUAGAAUAAUUUAUGAGUUGUACUUGCUCAUGCAUGGCCAUAUUUUUGCCUGCUGACCAGUGUACCAUUUGAAAUUAAAUCAUUCUUAUGUCGCUUUUUUCAACUCUAAAA